AAUAUUUUAUAAUUUUAUUUUACAGUUGUGUUUCAGAAAGUCAGGAAUGAGAGUUACCGCCACAAGUUCAGGAUUAAAGACAAGCCUAGGCUUGUGCAUUCUCUGUAUUUGUUUACAUCAAACCCAGGCGGUUAUGCAUAGUGUCCCGAGUAGUGUGGAGAUAUAUAACUCACUUCCUGAUGUACGGUACAAGGAUCAAAUGUACAGGAUACUAAAGCCCUUCCUACGGCAAGAGAAGAGGUCAGCAGUAAGGAAUAUAAUACCAAAGUUGGACGAUGUUGCAGAGCUUGAGUAUGACGACUUUUCAGAGAACCGACCUUACUGGAUGCAGGGAGAGGAAGAAUAUGUACCUGCACCUAACAAACGAUACUUGGGGAUUGAGAUUCCGGACUAUGUUUCCUCUCCAAGUCAAGUCUCGAUGCUGAAAAAGAUCUCCAACCGCUUGAGAACACUGAAACUUAUGGAUUUAGCGCACAGCAUGCAGGCUAGAAUGUUCAUCAUCAAAAGGAUGAAGGAGGCGGGCAAGUAAGAAAACCCGGAAUCGCCGAUGUAUCCCAGCAACCGCCGAUGAUGAAUCAAUGUUUAAAAUGUUAUUUUGAUAUUUGUAAUUUUAGAGGCUGCCCUCAGUACAGUAGGACAGUACACAAACAUGAAAUAAAUUAAAAGAUAAAAUGUU